AUGCGGAUCCUGAUGCCUCGGCUGGCGCCGGUGGUGACGAAACUGACCGCCAACGCGCCGGGGGAGACGGACGGGUGGAGCAGGGUCGCGCCGGGGUACAUGGGCGACCUCGCGGGCUACCUCUCGGACCUCAAGGGCCUGACGAGCCUGACUCAGCUGACGUUGCUGCGCUGCAACGCCACCACGGACUUUUCCUUCCUGCCGGCGCUGACGAAUCUGACGGGCCUGCACCUCGCCGCGGAGCCGAAGAAGCCCCCCGUGCGUCUCCCGCUGUCGGCCGUGCCGCCGCUGGAGUCCCUGCGGCUGCACCGCGUCACGCUCGACGCCCCCGCGAUCGCGGGCGCCCUCGCUGGGCGCCUCUCGCGCCUGGAGCUGCUCGGUCCGGCGUGCUGGGCAGGGUCCCUGCCGGCCGGCGCUCCGCUGCCGCUGGCCCUGACUCACGCCGUCCUCGGCGACGACCCCCGCCCUGACGCCCAGCGCGCCGCCGCCGCCGCCGACACCCAGGCCCUCAUCUCUCCGGUCGCGCACGCCGCGUCUCUGCGCUUCCUGCGCGUCGCCGGCACCUGCAGGCACGCGCACGGCGCAGCCGACAUCCCCCCGCCCGACUGGCCGCACCUGCAACGCCUCGACUUGGCAUGCUUCUGUGCGCUGCCGGCGCUGCUGCCGCUCCCCAGCCUGCGCGCAAUCCGCGCCUCCCUGUGCGAGGCGUGCCGGGCCGGCGCGAACGCCCACCGCGACGCGCAGCUCUCGGCCGCGUGGGGCGCCAUGGCGUGUUUGCCUUUGCUGGAGACGCUCGAGGUGAGGGGGGUGUUGGACCCGGCGGAGCUCGGCGACGGCGAGCUCGCGUCGAAGCCGCUGUCGCCGGCGCUGGAGCCUCUGGAGCGUCUCCGCGCGGUCCUGGUCGUCGACUACGCGACGGAGGGGACGUUCGGGCUGCGUGCGGCGGCGCUGAGGACGCUGGCGGUCGAGAACCGCGAUCCGAAGGGCGGCCCGCGGCCGCUGGACGCGACGCUGCUGAAGUGCACGAAGCUGCGCCGGCUGGACGCGUGGUGGCCCGGCGCGCGCCUGCCGCGCGGGGGCGGCGACGGGAGCGUGUCGCGGGACAUGUUGGAGCUGCUCGGGCCGUCGCUGGAGUGGGGGGCGUUCCGGCCCGUGAACUACGUGGAGCCGCCGGACCACUUCAUGCCCGCGUGA